AUGUCUAGCGACCGAAUUCACCACAAGCUGAGCGAGAUGGUGUGGGACAAACAUCGACUGCACUUGUCGCCGACCGCGAUCGCUGUUGAUGAAGGGAAUCAAGAAGACACUGUCGCAAAUACCAAUGGUCCAGCUCCUCCUCCCCCUCCGGCCAAGCCAUCCCCUCAAAGCUCAACGUCGUCCUUGCAGAGCUACAAUGGCCAGAGCGCAAACCCCGUCUCAGGAUCGUCGUCAAUAGGUAGAUCGGGGCAGCCGCCAGUCCAGGCUGCUGCCCAACCUCAGAUCACAGCUGAGCGAAGGUUUCCGGGACAGGACAAGAACGUCCCGCCAAUCGUAGUCACGAACUCUGAGAUGCCGGCCGAUCCCAUACCCCCGCAGAGGGCAACGACACAUCAGCCUGGCGAGCCAGCGACACCACCCCGUGCAACCGCGACCUUGAACAAUCGCCUCCGUCAAGCUCCCAAGGACACUAUCCCCAUCGUUGGUAAACCGCCUAAGAAGCAACGGAGUAGCCGGUUUCACGUCACUGAAAAGAUUGAGAUUGAACGACUGCCUGCUUUUAACGAGGUGGCAAUUCACGACCGACCCGAACUUUUUAUUCGCAAGAUACGACAAUGUUGCGUAUUGUUUGACUUUAAUGACGCCAGUUCCGAGUUGAGGGGGAAGCAAAUCAAGGCGCAGACUCUUCAUGAAAUGCUGGAUUAUAUAACGACGCAAAGAGGAGUAAUUACAGAGCCUAUCUACCCGGAGGUUGUCGCCAUGUUCGCGACCAAUCUGUUCCGUUCAAUACCACCACAAGUCAAUCCAACAGGAGACGCUUUUGACCCAGAAGAGGACGAGCCCGUGCUCGAGCUUGCAUGGCCUCACCUUCAGAUCGUCUACGAAUUCUUCCUUCGCUUCGUCGAAAGUCCCGACUUCAAUACCAACGUCGCCAAACGAUAUAUAGACCAACCGUUUGUGCUCAACCUUCUUGAGCUUUUCGACAGCGAAGAUCCCCGAGAACGUGACUUUCUCAAAACCACCUUACACCGUAUCUACGGUAAAUUCCUCAACCUCCGCGCAUUCAUUCGGCGAUCCAUUAAUAAUGUCUUCUUCCAAUUCAUCUAUGAGACGGAGAGGCACAAUGGAAUCGCCGAAUUACUCGAAAUUCUAGGAUCGAUCAUCAAUGGCUUUGCGCUUCCGCUCAAGGAGGAACAUAAGACAUUCCUAACUCGCGUGCUGAUUCCUCUGCACAAAGUCAAGUCGCUGUCUCUUUAUCACCCUCAGCUGGCCUACUGCGUAGUUCAGUUCCUCGAAAAGGACUGCACUCUCACAGAGGACGUCCUGCUAGGCCUUCUCAAAUACUGGCCAAAAGUAAACUCGCCCAAGGAGGUCAUGUUCCUAAACGAGGUCGAAGAAGUUUUGGACGUCAUCGAUCCUAUCGAAUUCCAAAAAGUCCAGGUGGCCCUCUUCCAGCAGUUGGCUAGGUGUGUCAACAGUCAGCAUUUCCAAGUCGCAGAAAGAGCCCUUUAUUACUGGAACAACGAAUACAUCGUCAAUCUGAUGGGCGACAACCUGCACGUCAUCUUGCCGAUCAUUUUCCCGGCACUCUAUCAAAACUCGAAGGCGCAUUGGAAUCGAUCUAUUCACGGCAUGAUAUACAAUGCCCUCAAGACGUUUAUGGAUAUGAACCCAGAAUUAUUCGAGGAGGCCGUCCAGAACUUCAAGCGGGAGCGUAUCGCUGAGCGGGAGCGGCUUGUUGCUCGAUACGACGGUUGGCAAAAAUCCUGGAUAAUUCCUUAUCCUCCAAUGCCUCCUCCAGUGGAUGACGCUGAGCUCGCAGAUUUGUCAAUGGAGCUGCACAACGUUCAUGUCGAGGACGGCAUGCACCCUGUGGAUGAAAUGAUCCCGGAAGCUGAUCCUGAAAUCGAAACGAACCAUCGAUUCAACGGCCCCGUACCCGGAGAAGGGCCGAUAGGACAAAGUCCUCAUGUCCGACGGAAGAGUGUAUUACCGGUCGACCCGGGCGUGUUGCGAGACCUACAAGCACACAAGGGUCAUGACAUUGCAGUAUUCACCCUCCUCAUCACGCCCUCUACCGAGGUUACACCCAUGGUUACUAGUUCUGGCGUGUCGGAACAUCGGGAGCGGCUGCUCAGGCAAUACCUAGCGUCUUCUCCACCCAUUGCUAUUCCAUCGAUUCGCACUGGUCGCGCGCACGACGCAGCUCAACCGCACUUUGGGAUUCGGUGA